AUGUCUUCUGAAGUAGUGGAAGAAGGUGUGGAGAGCAAUGGAAACGUUGAAAAUACAAAGCAGCACCAUCAUGUGGAGCAAGUUUCUGAUCAUCCUUCUGGUCGCACGGGGAAGAAGCUUUCAUGGCAAAAGUUGCCCAGAAAUGAUUCUCUCGACAUAGAAUCACGCAGCUUCCAUAAAUCCUCUCAUGCCUCAAGAGGGCCAUCGACGUCAGUGAUUAUGCACCUAGCGUUUCAAAGCAUCGGAAUUGUAUACGGUGACAUAGGAACUUCACCGUUAUAUGUGUAUGCAAGUACCUUCACGAAUGGUAUAAAGAACAACGAUGACAUUUUGGGUGUUCUUUCUCUGAUCUUCUACACCAUCACUCUCAUUCCUCUUGUGAAGUACGUGUUCAUCGUCUUGAGGGCCAAUGAUAACGGCGAUGGAGGGACUUUCGCUUUAUACUCUCUGAUAUGUCGUUACGCGAAAGUGGGACUUACCCCAAAUCAACAACUUGAGGAUACAGAAGUGUCUCAUUAUAUGUUGGAGUUGCCGAAUAAUAACCGCGUCAAGAUGGCUUCAAGGCUUAAGUCUAAGCUUGAGAGUAGUUCCUUUGCCAAGCUUUUCCUCUUGCUUGUUACCAUGCUUGGCACUUCAAUGGUCAUUGGGGAUGGUGUUCUCACUCCUUGCAUAUCUGUUUUAUCUGCCGUUGGAGGGAUCAAGGAAUCUGAUUCUUCAAUAACCGAGGGUAGGGUUGUUGGAAUAUCCAUAGCAAUCCUGAUAUGCCUUUUCAUGGUUCAAAGAUUCGGAACUGAUAAAGUAGGUUACAGUUUCGCUCCUAUUAUUUUUGUGUGGUUCGCCUUCAUUGGAGGCAUUGGUAUAUUCAAUUUCAUCAAGUACGAUUCAACGGUUGCCAAAGCUAUAAAUCCAAAAUACAUUGUGGAUUAUUUCAGAAGAAACAAGAAAGAUGCUUGGAUUUCUCUUGGUGGUGUUGUGCUGGCCAUAACAGGAACUGAAGCAUUAUUUGCAGAUGUUGGACAUUUCACAGUUCGGUCCAUACAAAUAAGCAUGUGCUCUGUAACAUACCCUGCUCUCAUACUUGCCUACACUGGACAGGCCUCAUUUCUUCGCAAAAACAACGAUCUCGUUUCGGACACUUUCUACAAGUCCAUACCACAUCCUUUAUAUUGGCCAAUGUUUAUUAUUGCUGUUAUGGCAUCCAUUAUAGCUUCUCAAGCCAUGAUCUCCGGGACUUUCUCCAUCAUCCAACAAUCCCUCUCUCUUGGAUGUUUUCCUCGUGUGAAAAUAGUGCAUACAUCAUCCAAGUACGAAGGACAAGUUUACAUCCCCGAAAUCAAUUUCAUUCUCAUGAUUGCUUGUGUUGCAGUCACAGCUGGAUUUAAAACCACCACAAAAAUUGGAAAUGCUUAUGGGAUAGCAGUGGUGUUCGUAAUGACCCUUACAUCUGCUUUGGUAGUGUUAAUCAUGAUCAUGAUAUGGAAGAGUCACAUACUUUUGGUUAUCAGCUAUGUGGUUAUUAUUGGUUCUGUUGAGCUUAUCUAUUUAAGCUCGGUGCUUUACAAAUUCAAAGAGGGAGGGUAUCUUCCUAUUGCCUUUGCUGCCGUGCUAAUGGCCAUCAUGUACAUUUGGAAUGAUGUGUACAGAAGGAAGUACUAUUACGAAUUGGAUCAUAAGAUUUCUCCAGAAAAGCUCAAGGGGAUUACUACUGGGAAAAACUUAGCUCGAAUGAAUGGACUUGCCAUAUUCUAUUCUGAGCUUGUUCAAGGCAUUCCACCCAUUUUCGAGCAUUAUGUGGCAAACAUUCCAGCAAUGCACUCUGUGGUUGUCUUUGUCUCCAUCAAAUCAUUGCCUAUUAGCAAAGUUCCCGUGGAAGAGAGGUUUCUAUUUCGCCAAGUGGAACAUGAAGAACUCAAUGUGUUUCGAUGUGUCACCAGAUACGGAUACACUGAUGUGCGCAACGAGGAAGAGCCCUUUGAGCAUUUGUUGGUUAAGAGGCUGAAGGAGUUUAUUGUUGGUGGAUUUUUGACAUCCCAAAGAGUUGUACUUAAUGAUAAAACUGAAGAAAAAAUGAAUAGUGGUGAGGGUAAUGAGUUCAAUGGAAUGCAAGAGGGUGGUGAUAAAGAGAAAGUGGUUCAAGAGGGUGUUAAAACAGAGGUGGAAAUGAUUGAAAAAGCAGUGCGAGGAGGAGUUGUUCACUUGAUUGGUGAGAGUGAGGUGGUUGCGAGCAAAGGAGCUAGCAUAAAGAAAAGGAUUCUGAUAAACUAUGCUUACAAUUUCUUGAAAAAGAACUUGAGGCAAACUGAUAAAGUAUUUGAUAUUCCUCAUAAGCGUAUGGUCAAAGUGGGAGUGACUUAUGAACUUUAA